AUGACUUGGUUUGUGGCUUUCAUAUUCUGCCUGGGGCUGGUCAGUGCAGAGCCAGCGUUUGACCAUAGAGUGCACAAUGACAGGGUGAUUGGGGGAAAUGAUGCCCGGCCAAACCAGUGGAAGUGGCAGGUGUCUCUGCAGCUGGAUUCCUACAAUGAUGGUUCCUUCUAUCACAUCUGUGGGGGCACAAUCAUAGAUGCUUACUACGUUGUGACGGCCGCUCACUGUAUUCUCAGCUCAGACGCUCACAAGUACAGGGCCGUAUUGGGGGAGUAUAACUUGGCCAUUCUUGAAGGCAGUGAGCAGUUUCAUCGUGUGGAAGCCAUUUUUGUGCACCCGGCUUGGAACGGACAACUUGGCCUUGGACACGACAUCGCUGUUUUGAGAUUGGCUGAGUCGGUGUACGACAAUGGUUACGUUGCGAUUGCGAACUUGCCUUAUCCUGGACAGAUAUUGCCUCAUGAUUUUGAAUGCUUUGUCACCGGCUGGGGCCUGACAGACUUUGGAGGCAGUGUUCCUGACAUUAUGCAGGAGGCUCCCAUCAGGGUGGUGGAGCACGCCGUCUGCUCUCAGCCCAACUGGUGGGGCAGCCUGGCUCGGGAGAACAUGAUCUGCACUGGAGGAGAUGGUGUCAUUUCAGGAUGUCAGGGUGACUCCGGGGGCCCCCUGGCCUGUAUCACUGACGGCGUCUGGAGGGUCCAUGGUGUGGUCAGCUAUGGCCCAGCUGGUAUGUGCAACCAGCUCCGAAAGCCCACUGUCUUCACCAGAGUGUCGGCCUUCAUGGACUGGAUGUAUUCGGUGAUGUAUUAA